AUGGAGGAGCGGGAGCGGGGGGCGAGGUCCGCUCGCGCCGGGAGCCCCGCGCGCCCGCCCAGCCCGCGGCUGGAUGUCAGCUCUGACAGCUUCGACCCACUGCUGGCCCUGUACGCGCCGCGCCUGCCGCCCAUCCCCUACCCCAACGCCCCCUGCUUCAACAACUUGGCUGAGUACGAGAGCUUCCUGAGGACCGGGGGCAGGGCCGGCGGGCGCGGGCGGGCACGGGGCGCGGCCGCGGGCUCGGGGGCCCCCGCCGGCGCCGGCCUCCCCGCCGUCCCCGCGGCCCCCGGGGCCCUGGGCAGGACCCGCCGCCGCCAGAAUGCCCCCGCCGCGGACCCCGAGCGCAUCCAGCGCCUCCGCCGCCUCAUGGUGGCCAAGGAGGAAGAGGAUGGGGCCGCCAGGGCGCCCCGGCGGGGUCGUGUUCGGACCCAGAAAGCGCCGCGCAACGUGCUCACACGAAUGCCCUUGCACGAGGGCAGCCCUCUGGGUGAGCUCCAUCGUUGUAUCCGGGAAGGGGUGAAGGUGAAUGUUCACAUCCGCACUUUCAAGGGACUUCGGGGCGUCUGUACAGGAUUCCUUGUCGCAUUUGACAAAUUCUGGAAUAUGGCACUUACUGACGUGGAUGAGACGUACCGAAAACCUGUUCUGGGCAAAGCGUACGAACGGGAUUCUUCACUGACUCUCACUAGGCUGUUUGAUCGGCUAAAACUUCAAGAUUCCUCCAAGAAGGAAGCAGAUUCGAAGUCUGCAGUUGAAGAUUCCACUCUGUCCAGAUACUCCCAGACAUCCACUUGGAAGGUGGCUUCGGUGUGGGGGAGAAGCGACACUGACCGGGGCUCGCGCAAGCAUUCCCGCUCCAUCCCUUCUUCCCUUCAGGCAUCGGGAAGGGAGGAAUCCAGGUCAGAGCUGUCAGGGAGGACUACACAGACAGAAGGGUCCAGUGCUGGAGGUACCUUUUCCAGGGCUGCCACCCUUUCCAAGGGCCAGUCCCGUAAGAAAAAGCGAAAACCCAAAGUGGAUUACCAGCAGGUAUUCACUCGCCACAUAAAUCAGAUUUUCAUUCGAGGUGAGAAUGUCCUUCUGGUCCACCUUGCGCAGUGACCAGCGAGCUCAGCCUCACUGGAGCUUUGGUUGGUAGAAAUAAAAUGCAUGCAGUGCUGCUAUGCUGUGUCCUAGUGUCCCACUGAGAUUCUGAGCUGGCACGAGUCCCUCUGGUCCUGCCUGUGCAGAGGACGAAGCCAGGCCCGGGCCCUCUGGGAGAUGAGCUCCUGUGAGGAGCCCUUUGGAGGGUGGGUAUUUGCGUUAACAUGAAGGCAGAAGCUGUGUGUCAGUACACGUAUCUGAUUUGGUUUCAUGGUAUAGUACCUCAGACACUCAAAGCAAACCAGAUAUAAGCUCUUCCAUUUAAAGUAGCGUUUAUGGUGUAAACUGAAUUCACUCCUCAGAGACUAUAGCAAAAAAAAAAAAAUUAUUUCUGAAUGCUAGUGCCCUGAGUACUCAUGAAUGUGAUUCUGAGAGUAGUUGUGUAAAUUGUGCUGAAGCCCUGCACUUGCGUCAUGUAACAGACUUUUGAAUUUUGCUCCACACCAUUCUCUUUUGAUUAAGAAAUAAAGUUUAUUGCCUUUGAGUGUCUGUAAGAUCUAGAAAAGCUCCCAACUUACGUAAGUUUGCAAUUUGGAUAGUGGUGUGCUCAAAGCAGCCAGCAAUGGGAUGCUCUGUUUUUAUCCCUCUCCUUGUGGAAAGGAACGCAGGACCUCCUCCCUUGCCCUUACCAGAGGUAGCCUCUGCAGAUGGCAUGCCAGAUGGGACAGUAAGAUGCUUGGAUGGUGGCUUCUUGUCCUGCUCUCUAACUUCUGUGGUGUGGUGCUAUUGCAUGUACCCUGUGGUAUCACCCUCUGUAUGUAGUGUGAGCUGUCCUGUGAGCUUCAUGGCAGAAGACUGUGACCCUUGUGUCUGGCUUCAAAGAGUGCUGCAUGAACUUAGUAAUACGCACACAUCACAUGGCUGAGAGUCCCCUUUCCAGGCGGGGCUGGCCCUGUGUAGAAUAUCUUUCAGAAUGGUUCUACCAUGAAACAAGGGUGGUAGUUUUAUUCCCUUGUAUCAGGCCAAAGAGGUUCUUACAAAGUACAGUGGAUGGUGUCUUAAAGGGACACUUUAUCCACAGCAUGGUUUGAGUAACAGGAACACCAUAGAAACCACUGAUGCUUCUACUUGAAUCAUGUUUUACUCUUUUUCAGUCAUCAGUGCACAAUAGGUGACAUCUUGACACAGACUGUUAGGCAGUAUUUAUUUUUGCUUUGUUAGUUUAUAUUUGAUUUCUAGUAACUUAUGUUCAAAGUGAGAUAACUAACUAGUUAAAAUGUAUGAAAGGAAAAAUUUCGCCUGCUGUAUUUGUUGUGUAACUUAGCUAAGCCUUCUGAGCAAAGCAGGGUGGGCAAAGGUUAGGAAGCUAGGAUGCCUAGUCCUUCUGCUAGCUGGGCACUGGCUUCUCAUACAAUGAAAGAUGAGCAAAGGUAACUCCUCUGUGCCUCGGUUUCCCCCAUCAGACACCUACCUCACUGGACUAUUGAGACAAAGAAUUUCAGAAAGGCAUUUAAAGUCUCUAAACAUGCUGGUGCCAUCAAUCAUUUUUACUGCUCUAUUUCAAAGCUUUCUAAGAAUUCUCUGUCUUACGAGCAAGGCAGGUGCUACAUAAGAAAGUGAUCUUUAUAGGUGUCCUUAGGACUAACUGUGAUCUUGUAACUAAUCAGAAGUCAGUGAUACCUUUAGGAACCAUUCCUGUAUUCCAUCUCUUUCUCCCAAGGGGCAGUGAAAGUUCUCAGGAGAAUAUCUUUAGUGAGAGGAGAGGAACAUUUCUUUGCUGCUCCUCCUACUUCCCAGCACCCAGCCUUUUCUGAUACUCAUCAGAAAGAAUUCCCCUGAACUUUUCUAGGGAGUUACAUGUUUAUAGGGAGUAUCAAAGGAAGAAUGAGCAUCUAAAAACAACACAUCCCCAAGAGGGAAUUUAUAGAAGGUUUUUUUUUUUCCUGUUUCUUUAUUUUUAAAUGCAUUUUAAAAUAUGCUCUUUAGAGCCAGAUCAGAUACACUAAAAGUUUAUUAUAGAAGUUCCAGGUUGCCAACAUAAGUGAGUGAUUUUUUUUUUUUUUAGAAUAUGCCAAUGUAAAAUCUCUUCUGGAUAUUGUGUCCAAAAUCUCAGUUCCCAGAUUAAUAGCUGUCUGCCUAUGCCUCUUUACCAGUCUCCCAUUUGGCCAUCCCCUGCCCUUUUGUGUCUCAGCUAGGAGUUGUAAUGAAUACUGUAUUUUCCCAAUAAUGUAGAAAUUUGGAAUCAAAGGUAAUAUAAUCAGUCUUCAUUGAUUUCAGUGCCUGAUUAAAUCUGACCUGACUCAUUUUAAACACAUGCCUGUUUUCAUGUUUGCAGAUAAUUUUUGUAUAUCCAUAUAAGGAAUGAUUUACUAACUUUCUGCCCAACUUGAUAGUUCUGACUGUGUGAAAACCAUUUUUAAAUUGUGUGUGAUUUGUCUCAUGUGCCCCUAUACUCCUAUUUGUUUGUUUGAUUUGGACAGUGAUUCUGGAAUCAAAAUUAUCUAGUGAAUGUGUUAUUUUGCAGAAAGCGUGAUAAUUACUUUUUAGACAAGUCAAUUUUAAAAAAUGAUUGGCUUUUACUUUAUUAUUGGAGGAAUUUUUUAAAAGGAAGAAAAAAAAUAGGUCCUAAUAAUGGAUGUGCUGCUCAAAAAAUAUGAUUAUCUGUAACUGUAGAAAGUUGCUACGGAAAUAGCCGAAGUAAAAAGUGAAGUAAUAGCCGAAUGGUAGAGCCCUGGAAGCCCCCAACCAACUCACCUGAGGGGAUCCUGAACAACCGAAAUGCAGCAAAGCCGGUUUCUAGUAUCCUCCAGGAAUUCGGGCUUGGGAAACUUGGUAAGAAUAGUACUUAUUUUUGAACCUCCAACUUUAGUUCCUCAGAGUAAUAUCUAGAUAUGAGGACAUUUUCAAGAAAAUUCACAGAACAUAUCUUUGCACUGUUGAGGUCAUCUCUGGAGUAUCCAGCUUUGUUAGACAAUAAAAAGUGAUUAAGCGAUGGAAGGUUUGGUUUCACACCCAGAGCAAUAUCACGUGCCAUUCUUUGUACUUAGGUGUAUCUCCUGUGCUACCAUUGGGAGUACUUGGAUUUUUAGGUUGUUUGUUCCAGCAGUUGGGAGGCAUUUAUGCUUCCUUUCGGGGACCGAAUUAUGACUAGAGGUGGAUCCCUUGUGAGAAGCUUAGAGUGAGCAGUGUUUCAGGCAUGUGGCUUUAGACCUAUCAGUACCCUGCUGUCUGUGCUAGUGCGUGGCAAGUUAGAAAGCCUAGAAACCAUCAGCAUUAAAGUCCUCAUGGUGAGGCAGUCCAGGAGCAUGCUUAGAGAUUAUCAGGUCAUGAGCUAUGAGCUACCCUUAAUCCUCAGAAGCCUUACAAAAAUCUAGGUGUACCACCUCCGCUACCCCUUGAAACAGUAGAAACUUAACGUGAUGUAGAAUAGAUAUUUGUGUUUCCAUUUGCACUAUUCCUGUAACAGCUGGUCUAAGCAAAAUCAUGAAAUAGAAUCCAUUCUGUAAAUUGUGUUUUUAAAUUUUACCUAAAUUUUGCCUUCAGGAAAAAAACUGGAAUUAUUCAAGGACAGCUAGCUGUCACUGGUGCUGCCCAAAGCUUUCCAAUCUUUUAUGUACUUUUUAUUUAAUGAAAUGAUUAGUGUGAGAGUAUUAUGGUACACAUAUAAUCGUUUUGCAGAUGUUUUAUUUUUCUUCUCCUAUGCCAGAUAGAGAAAGCAGUUGGCCCCCUUUCAGUAACUUAUGUUCAUCAGCCUGUGUUUUUCUGGGCAGUAACUCCAGAAGUCUUUGCUUAGUGGUUGUAAAGGAAGAAAAUCUUACCUGGGUCUGUGUUGCAAAGUUGUGUGGUCUGUCAUUUCUUUCUGGCAAAUUGAGUUGAUGGAUUUAAGAUAAGCCUUUGGGAUUCCUGUCACAGUUUCCUGGCAUCUGCGGAAGGAUUGGGCCUCUUUUCCUGUUGGUGUUUAAGUAUUUUUCAAAUGUUUGUAAGUUCUCUUGCACUCCUCUAAUAAAAAUGAAAGCUUUCUGUCAAGAAAUGGCAUUGGAUGGUUCUGGGGAGCUAGGGAAAGAAAAGUAAGUGCACCCGAGAGCUUCAGUUGGUCUUUAUUUAUUUAGAAUAAAAAGUAGUUUAAUAAGCUGCCAGAGUUAGUGCUUCUUUAAUAACACCCUCUCUGAAAAGACAGGAAUUGUCCCUCAGGAAAGGUAUAAAAGCUAUUCCCAAUACAUUGCAAUCGCUUUUGAUUUUUAGUCCUUUGGAGCAAAUGUCUGAUGUUAUGUCUGAUGUUAUUUUUUUAGAGUCAUGAAAAAAUAUUGGAAAACCUUUAAAGAGUAUUAUUUAAACUACUAUUAUCUGGCUGAAGUAUGUGUGAACUAGGUUUUAGGGCCUUUGUCCUCUUCUUUUCCUGUAGUCCUGAGCUGACAUUUAAGCAGAGGGUAAAUGAUGCCCUGGAAAGUGAUUUGCUUGUUAUCCGGGCAUCUGUUUGCAACCCUAGGGAUACCCAUCUGCAUCGUGACUUCUUAAUGUUUUUUAGAAAGGCUAAACUUGGAUGACUCGCUGUAUUUAUAGUUUUACUAUUCAGAUACGAGCUGCUAAUAGAAAACCCAUGACUUGUAAUCUUGUCUUUAAAUUACUGCUAAUUGUUAAGUUCACCUAAACAUUUCCUGUUUGAGGGGAGGAUUGCUGCUAGUCUCGUCAGUUCGCAAUGGUCUGCUUUAGAUAUGUGUCACAUGGGAGUCUGGAAACUGUAAUAAAUAAAUAUCAUUGUAUUCACGUACUGGCUGCUUUGU